AUGGGAAGGAAGAAGGCACACGGAGGAAAGAUUACACUUUCUCUUGCUCAAUUUCAAGAUCAAAUGAUUGCAGAAACUGAGUUGUUAAUUUCCGAAGGCUGGUUGGAACAUGAUGAAACAAGCACACGACCAAAUAGUAUUAGUGCGGAACAACAUGAUCCAUCAAUAAUGAAUAAUGAUCAUUCAGUCAAUAAUCAUCUAAAACAAUCGGUUGCAAAAGACAUGAUGACUUUUCAUACGGAAUGGAAUGCUGAAAAGACUCAUCAACUUGUUGGACAAUUCGAUCAUCCUCAUCAUCACCAUACGACGAGUAAUCAUUUAGAUCUUGCUGAUGAAGUUUCCGGUGAAUCCACGUUAGAAGCAGAUCUCCGUUUAGCUCUCGCUUUACAAGAAGAAGAAGAUUAUGCGUUUGCUUCUCAUUGCGCCAAUCGGGAAUAUAAUAACUAUCAUCCCAUGCGUGUAUCGGUUCAUCCUGGAGGAGGUAUUCAAAUAGGAGGAAAUUCUGGCUUUGAUUUACAACAGAGAUGUACCCGAGCGAAUCAAUUGAAAGUCAUGGUCGUUGAAGAUGAGAGUUAUAUUCGUAAGAAUCCCAAUAAUCAACCACAAUCAACCACUCGGAGAAAUAGUACUUAUAGUGGAGUUGUGGGAGGAGCUUGUAACAUGUUGUUUGAUGAUUAUGAAUUGUGUGGCGAUGAUGAUUCAUUGUAUGCCAUGAUGAAUGGUGAUUUUGAUGAAGAUGACGAAGAAGACGAGGACUUGGACACUGAAAAUAGUUAUGACGAGGACUUUUUCGAUCAUAUGGAGGAUGAUAUUGGUGACAAUGACCGAGAACAAGACGAGUCGUAUUGUGUUGGUUCUGAACAAGAUUCUUCAUCUCGUCAAUCAACAGCAGCAGCAUGUAGUAAGAGUCUUGAAGAAGAAGGAACCUCAAUACCUGUAAAUAUUAAGCGAAGAAAUUCGAGUGCCCAUUCAAAAUCCAAUAAUGGGAAUUCUUCGAGUCUUGACGGUAGCUCCCACUCGUUUGAAAAGAAAAAGGACAAUUCUGGUGGUCGUCUCCCUAAAAAGCAAUAUUUAGAAAACAAUAUCAAUCGUGUGGUCAUCCCUUCACAUGUGAGAAGUGCCAUCUACACCAGUGAAAGAAAACAAAUUGAAAAAAAGAUUAAGGAAGGCAACAAGAUGGAAGAUAGAGCUACUGUCGAAGGAGUUAUGGACAAGAAGACUCGAAUGAUGCUCUACAAGUUUAGAAAUAAUGGUACUCUUGACUCCAUUAAUGGAUGUUGCAGCACUGGAAAAGAGGCCAAUGUGUAUCAUGCCACUGCAGGUCAACCAUAUGAAGGAAAUGUGAUUGAGAAUAUUCCUGGAGCCUCCAUGAAUACAUCAACCACCUCUCAGGGAGAAGAGGCAUCACCCCAUACAUGUAGUAACAAUGAUGAUGACGACAUGAUGAGAACUGAUCUUGCAAUCAAAAUUUACAAAACAAGUGUUUUGGAGUUUCGUGAUCGAGAUCGUUAUGUGACUGGUGAUAGAAGAUUUAAACAUGGCUAUUGUAAAAGCAAUCCAAGAAAGAUGGUUUCUGUAUGGGCAGAGAAGGAACUUCGUAAUUUAAGACGUAUGGAUGAAGUUGGUAUUCGAGUGCCCAAAGUCAUUGCUCUCAAACAGCACAUACUCAUUAUGGAAUUUAUUGGAAAGGGCGGAAGAUGUGCUCCUCGAUUGAAAGAGGCAAACAUUCCAAAUUCCAAACUCAAACCUCUCUAUUUGGAUAUCAUCAAAACAAUGCGAACCAUGUAUCAUAAGGCCAAACUUAUUCAUGCUGACCUUAGUGAGUAUAACAUUCUUCUCUACAAAGGUAUUCCAUACUAUAUUGAUGUGUCACAGAGCGUGGAGCACGAUCAUCCUCAUGCACUCGAAUUCUUGCGUAAAGACUGUGAAAACAUUAAGAACUUUUUCGAACGAAAAGGACUAGGACUGAAUGAUAUUUUGACCACUAAGGAGCUGUUUGAUUUUGUUACCGAUGUCAAUAUUAGUGAAGAAAUCAUUGAUGGCUAUUUGGACAAGAUGUUUUCCAAAAUUGAAAAACGUCCACCCGUUCUCAAUGAGCAAGAACAAGUCCAAGCUGAAAUUUUCAAGCAAGUUUUUAUACCUAGAGCACUUAUUGAAAUUGAGGAUCCACUCGAUCAUCAAUCAGCAGUCGACACGGAUGACGUAUUCUUCUACAAGAGUGUGACUGGAAUUAACGAUAAUUUAACUGCUUCCACUAAUAUUCCUUAUGGUUUAACCGCACAAGAAAUGUAUGAAAUUACUGGAAAGCCAUUACCAGAAGAAGAGGAACAAGAUGACGAAAAUGACAAUGAUGAAAGUAACGACAAAAAUACAUGUGACGCAUCUGCCUCUUCAUCUCCACAUCUUGAUCAACAUGUGGAUCCCAAUGACACGAGCUUUAAACAAGAUCGAAAAGAAUGGAAACAACUUGUCAAGCAACAAAAUCGCGAAAAACGUCAAAACAAGACUCCUAAAAAAGUCAAAAAGCAAAUCCUCAAACACACCACUCGAAAACCUUAA